AUGACUGAAUUUCUACGACUUGAGGGAAGAGGCGAGGAUUCAGACACCCCAUGUGUGUGUGGUGCAGAGGAUGCCGUGUUUCGGUGUCAGGAUUGUUUCUCUGUCAAUCUUGCAUGUCGGUCAUGCACUGUUAAAUCGCACCUUAACUCCCUGCUCCAUAGAAUUAAGGAGCGGGUUUUUCCACCCUGUUUCAUUGAAAUCUAUGGGCCUGCGCAUCUAACUUGGACACCCCCCCCCGGUACCACUUGUCGCAAACCAUCACCUGCAUUCGGCAAUAAUUUUGUGAUUAUCAAUGUCCAUGGUGUGCAUUCAACAGGACUCGAUUUUUGUGGAUGUGAGCAUGAAGUUUCGCAUUUCAAACAACUACUCCGCACGCGCUUGUUCCCUGCCACAGUGACUGACCCAAGAACAGCGGCAACAUUUGCUGUCUUGGAGUUCUUUCACAUACUUUCCUUCGAGUCUAAGGUAUCUGCCUUUGAAUUCUAUCAUAGCUUGGCGCGGCGGACUGACAACACAGGAAUCACGCCAAUUCAUGUAGAAGGUCAGGAUCGCUAUUCAGUGUUUCUAAGGAUAGUCCGCGAGUGGAGAAACAUCAAAGCGCUCAAAUGUUCAGGUCGUGGCCACCAUCCUGCAGGAAUAGAUUCCACUGAAGACGGAGAUCUGGCUGUUCUCUGCCCUGCCUGCCCGCAUGUAGGGAAAAACCUUCCUACUAAUUGGGAAACUUCACCUCCAAAUCAGCAGUGCGCACCUAGAUGGAAGUACGCACUUUUUCUUGCUAUAGACGCCAACUUUCGACUCAAGCGCUGGAUGGUGUCGACCGAUCGACGAGAUCCUGGCCUUAGCAAAGGAUGGGGCUAUUUCGUCAAAGAGAGCGAAUAUAAGCGGUACCUGCGCACCAAUGGUGAAACUCUUCAAGAGAAAAGUAACUGUGUUAGCCAUAAUGCAGUUAAUCUCGCGGAUACGAAGUCAUCAAGGGGACUUGCUGCAACUGGCGUGGGCACCGUGGAUUGUGCACGCCACAAUAUGAAGUUAGCUAAUGGUGUUGGUGACUUACAGAAAGGCGAAAAAUACUUGAAUAUGGACUAUCUUGUUUUCUCUGCUCUCGCCAGAUUCUCUACCCUGUCGACAAUCAACUUUUCAUACGAUAUCGCGUGCCAGUGGCACAAAAAAUUGUGGGAUCGCUUGCCCACACUACCACCUCAUCUUCAGUUCAAUCGAGAAGGCAAGACCUUCCAUAUCGCUGCACACAUCGAAUCCUGCCAGACUCAAUUCUCAUUCAAUUGGACUCCAGGGGUAGGACGGACUGACGGAGAAGCACCUGAGCGUGGAUGGGCAAACAUCAAUCGCGUGGCUGGCAGUACAAAGGAAAUGGGUCCUGGAGCCCGACGCGACACACUCAAUGACCAGUUCUCUGAUUGGAACUGGAAGAAGAUUAUGGCUCUCGGUAAAACUAUGCUACGAAAAAUAACAGAAGCCAUCGUUGCUGAGAAGGAGCACCGUCUUGCUCUCUGGGAACUUGAGAGCUCUAUCAAUGACUCUGAAGUAGGAGCCGCUUCCCUCGCUGCAUGGAGGACAGAGAUUGAAGCCUGGGAGAUGGACCGCUCGCAGUGUAAUCCAUUCCAGCCCAGAGUUGGCGCAAUGACGCAGGCAUCUGUGCGGUUAGAGUUAGCACAACGGGACGCAAACGAGUUGGAAGAUGGGUCAGCAAUAUCACUCCACAGCGAGGUUACCUGCAGUGUUCUCAUUAGCACUGGAAUUGACCUCGAAGAUGCCCAAUGCCGUUUGCGUGUUGAUUCCUCCGCGCUUGGUCAGCACACAACCGAUAUCCAGAGGACUAAGGUCUUAACUCGAAGGAAUGUACUGCAACGUUGCCUAGAUGCAUGGACCGACAUUCAAAAACUCUACAUGCCAAUGAUUCCAAACCUCCGAAUCUCUGCAAUCCUCCUAACUGGCAUCAACAGUGACAACAGCGGCUGUCCAGUCCCAGAUCUUACCUCUGGCAAGGCAGAAGACUUUCAAUUGCUUCUGCCUUCCAAGAUAUGUGAUACCGUGCCAUGCAACAAGACACUCCUGGAAACAGAAUGGUCCCUACGUUUUGCCCAAGCUACUGAUUCUCUGAACGAGUGUCGUUCGCAUAUUCGACUGCGCCGUCAGCUGUAUCAGUUCAAGGUCCAGCAUCUACGCGGACAAGGGCCCAACACCCGCGCACGCAAAACUAUGGAUUAUACAACUCAUCACCUUGAUCGGACAGGAUGGGAGCACAAAUUGCAGCCUCUGAAGAAGGCACAUCUCAGACCAAUAGGGGACUUUGGACAACAGACUCAAGGCACGGCAAUUAUGUCCUGGAUUUGGUUAACUCACGGAAUUUCUUCUGACGACAGCGAGGGACUCCAAGACUCGCUUCGUGUCGAAUGGUGCAAAGCCCGAGCACGUCGUAAUAGGUGGUUGGAGGAAGUCCAGCUCUUAUUAGAAGAAAUGCGACGUAUUCUAGCCUUUCUCACAUGGCAGGGAGACUACUGGGAGUCGUGUGCAACCCUACCAACUGUCGAACAACCCGAGGAAAAGGAGGGCGUGAUCGCGUAUGCUCACCGCCAGGCUCACAUCCGACGAGCUUUAUUAGCAGCUUUUGCGGAACAUUGGAAGAGAGUCCCACAACUCAGCGCUGAGAAGUUCGGUAGGUUGGCUGAUCGAUAA